AUGGUUUUGCUGGUGACUGGAAUACAUUCCAAUAAAGAAAUGACUAAGAAGAUUAAAAGGCCUAAGUUCACUGUGCCUCAGAUCAACUGUGAUGUCAAAGCUGGAAAGAUAAUCAAUCCUGAGUUCAUUGUGAAAUGUCCAGCAGGAUGCCAAGACCCCAAGUACCACGUUUAUGGCACUGGAAUCUACGCGUCUUACUCCAGUGUGUGUGGCGCUGCGGUGCACAGUGGUGUGCUCGAUAAUUCAGGAGGAAAAAUACUUGUUCAGAAAGUGGCAGGACAGUCCGGUUACAAAGGGAGUUUCUCCAAUGGUGUUCAGUCCUUAUCCCUACCAAGAUGGAGAGAAUCCUUCAUCAUCUCAGAAAGUAAACCCCAAAAGGGUGUAACCUACCCAUCAACUCUUACAUAUUCAUCAUCCAAAAGCCCAGAUGCCAAAGCAGGCGAGACCACAAAAGCCUAUCAAAGGCCAUCUGCUGCAGGGACAACUGCACAGCCAGUCACCCUGAUGCAGAUUCUGGCUAUGCCAGCAGCUGAGGUCACCCACGCCACAUUGCCAAAGCCAUUCCCAUUUGCAACCUCUGCCACCAGCAGCCCCAGACCUCAGCCUGUGGGCCACGGGAGCUGGGAAAUGGGUACCCCAAAACAGGAUUCUCCUGGAGCUGCCUUCCAGGAACCCAUGGAAGCAGAUGUCGGCCUCGGAGAAAUGGACUUAUGGAAGCCUGGACCAGUCCUUUUAGAUGCAGGAUUUAUUCCAAAAGAAGAAUUAAGCACACAGUCUUCGGAGCCAGUAUCCCAGGGAGAUCCAAACUGCAAAGUAGACUUGUCAUUUUUAAUUGAUGGGAGCUCCGGCAUUGGCAAACGUCGAUUCCAAAUCCAGAAGCAAUUCCUGGCUGACAUCGCCCAGGCCCUUGACAUUGGCCCUGCUGGUCCUCUGAUGGGUGUGGUUCAGUAUGGUGACAACCCUGCUACCCAGUUUAACCUCAAAACUCACAUGAAUUCUCGAGACCUGAAGACAGCUAUUGAGAAAAUUACCCAGAGAGGAGGGCUUUCUAAUGUAGGCCGGGCCAUCUCCUUUGUGACCAAGACCUUCUUUUCCAAAGCCAAUGGAAACAGAGGUGGUGCUCCCAAUGUGGCCGUAGUGAUGGUGGAUGGUUGGCCCACAGACAAAGUGGAGGAGGCUUCAAGGCUUGCAAGAGAAUCAGGAAUCAACAUUUUCUUCAUCACUGUGGAAGCUGCUGCGGAAAAUGAGAAGCAGUAUGUGAUGGAGCCCAACUUUGCCAACAAGGCUGUGUGCAGAACCAAUGGCUUCUACUCGUUCAACGUGCAGAGCUGGUUGGGCCUCUCCAAGACCAUGCAGCCCCUGGUAAAGCGGGUCUGUGAUACCGACCGCCUGGCCUGCAGCAAGACCUGCUUAAACUCAGCCGACAUUGGCUUUGUCAUUGACGGCUCCAGCAGCGUGGGGACAGGCAACUUCCGCACGGUCCUGCAGUUUGUGGCCAACAUCAGCAAGGCGUUUGAGAUUUCAGACACAGACACACGUAUCGGGGCCGUGCAGUACACCUAUGAGCAGCGGCUGGAGUUUGGGUUUGACAAGUACAGCACCAAGCCCGACAUCCUCAACGCCAUCAAGAGGGUAGGGUACUGGAGUGGUGGCACCAGCACUGGUGCUGCCAUCCACUAUGCCCUGGAGCAGCUCUUCAAGAAGUCCAAGCCCAACAAGAGGAAGCUGAUGAUCCUCAUCACCGACGGCAGGUCCUACGACGACGUGCGGAUACCAGCCAUGGCCGCCCAUCAGAAGGGAGUGAUCACCUAUGCAAUAGGGGUUGCGUGGGCUGCACAGGACGAGCUGGAGAUCAUUGCCACUCACCCUGCCAGAGACCACUCCUUCUUUGUGGAUGAGUUUGACAACCUGUACAAAUCCGUCCCCAGGAUCAUCCAGAACAUUUGUACAGAGUUCAAUGCACAGCCGCGGAACUGA